CAAGUCAAGCGACAAAGACCAUCUUGGCUCUGCUGCACCGUCCCGGUGGACGGCCACCUCUAGGAGAAGAUGGCCAGGUCUCCUGUGCUUCUCCUGCUCGCUCUGGGAUUCUGCUGCCCUGGGGUCCGGGGGCAGAGGUACGAUAUGGAGGCCAGGUUUCGAGACAGAAGCAUCACACACCCCCAGGUGGGACAGCAGCUGGAGCUGGAGUGUCAGACUCCCAAGGAGGACAGUGGUGCAUUCUGGAUCCACCAGGACAAGGGUGGGAGCCUUCACUUCAUCGUCUUCAUCUCUUCCCUGUCCCGGACCACCUUCAGUGGAAACCAGAAGACAUCCAAACGCUUCGAGGCAAGCAAAGACGGCAAGUUCUACCGGUUGGUAGUGAAGUCUUUCACGCCGCAAGAUGAGGGAAACUAUUUCUGCCUCGUGAACAGCAACCAAGUGCUGUACUUCAGCCUUGGUCAGCCUGCCUUCUUCCCAGUCACCACCACAGUGGCACCCACUACACCAGCACUCACCACCCAGAGUGGCAUCACCGAAAAGGACCCCUGCCCAAGGACCCCGGAUACAGAGAUCAGCAAAGAGACGAAUUUCUUCUGUAACAUCUUCAUCUGGGUUCCCUUGUCAGGCGCCUGCCUCCUGCUCCUCCUCGCCCUGGCAGUCACCAUCACCCUGUGUCAACAAACCAGAAGACGAAGAUGCAGGUGUAAAAGACCUGCAAAUGGGAAGCCCAACGCCAAAGCCAGCGUGCCGAGCCGACACGUAUAAGCAGCUGCACCUUCUGGAUCAUCUUCUGGGAGCUGUUGCUCCACAAGGCCAUCACCUAUGUUAUCUAUACUGCUACUAAUUCUCAUGCACUCUGCCUUGACACAUUUGAAAAGAAGGAUGGAGCCGACACACGGACAGCAAGCAGGCACUUUUUCUGUCAACUGCACGCUGAAGCACAGCUCCUUCCAAAAACUGAGAUUUUGCAAAUUAAUUCCCCAGGCCAAAUGCCACCUCUGUUCCCAAUGACAGAGCUCUGUGGUUCAGGCAAAAGAAAACAUCCUGAUGCUGACGUGUAUCAGCAAUAAGCUGAUGAGAAAUAAGGAUGUUAGCUGGAUCUUUCCUCAGGAGUGUAUAAUUCUUUCUAAAAUGCAGCUAAAUGUUGAAUUUGCUACCAGAUUACUUAGACAUAAACCCCCUCACUUAACAGACCCUCUUUUCUUGGUGCCAAUGUAUCUGCUAAGGGUUUUACUGUUCAUCUAAUAUAACACAAAGCUGCACUGAGAGGGUAAAUACUGAUUAAAGGGCCUUGCUUUUAAAGUUCUUACAGCCCUAGGGGCUAAGGUUUAUUCUGUUUCCCUCUUGCUAUCCUUCCUUGCUAUCCUACUUCCACUGAUUUCAGAGGUUUUGCCUGAGCAAGGAAGGUGGAAUUUUCUUUCUUUCUGGAAGAAAUGUUUGAGUAGUGAAAAAAACCAGUCUUUGUCACUUGCUUUGUUUAAGCAGGACUUUCAGCCUACCUUCUUGGGACAUGUUCAUUGACUACAAUGAGUUCUGUUUUUUCCGCUCUCUAUUUGUAUUUGAUCCUUACUACACUUGCACAUCACAACCUGAGAAAAAAAAAAUAAAACAAUGGUUUUAGUUGGA